AUGGCAAAUGCAACGGAAAGCCUCAACCGCUGGGCCCUCGUCUCCUCUCUCUACGGCCCCGGCACCUUCUGGAGCUGGCUCAUCAUCGUAGCCUCCGUCUUCACAAGCUGGACCGUCAACCCAAUCACAAAACGAUUGGACUCAAUCACAAACGACACAAUCGCCGCGCUUACACUGCCUGUGGUCGCAGCUGUAGAUGCACUCUACCAACUCGCCAAAUAUGACCGACCUGACCGUCCACGAUUGCUUCUGAGCGAUUCACCAGAAGAUAUCCAGCUCGUCGCUGCGCUCGAGGCCCCGCUUGCUAUCUGUGAAGUCUACGUUGUGCUGGCGAUUUUCCUGCAUAGCGCUGCGUCGAGGCGACAUCAGUGGAAGAGGGUGGGCUGUGUUACUUUAUCGACUGUUUUGUGCUUUUCGCCGCAAUUGGUUAUCUUCUUCACAUACCCUGAUCUCCCUGUAUCAAGAAGCACUUUCGCUCGGCCAUUUCUAUUCAACUUUGUUAUAGCGCUGGGCUUCAUAUCGGGGAUCAUGGCCAUCAUGACAGGAGUGUCCAUUGUUCGGACUGUUGUUGUCACCGUGUAUCGCAGAGCCAAGCCUUCCAGCAGUGAAGACCAAGAGAAGCCUUUAGAGAGGCGCAGCGGGUUCGAGAAAUGGUCGAAUAUCUUUGCAGCAGUUCUCAUCGCAAGUAUUAUCUCAUUUGUUAAAUAUGGGUUUGUUGGCAACACGAUGGCCUUUGCUAUGGGCGUGCUCGGAUAUCAAACUCGCAUGAUAAGAUUUAUGCCCAAGAGUAACGUCUGUCUUACGGAUUUGGAUCAGAUUGUUGCGUUGGCAGGCGGUGCCUUUACGCUUUUGUUCAGUAUAUAUGAUGCUGCGAAGGGUUGGCGAUCUUCAUCUCGCGCUGACAUUGGAAACCAUAGCUAG